GAAGUAUAGGCUAGACCUAUAGGCUACAUUAAACAAAGUUAAAUUGCCUUAUUAUAUCAUAUCAUAAUGAUUAGAUUACAAUUAAGCAGACAUAACACAGGAACUCUAGCCCCCGAAAAGCAAUAGGAUAUGAAGACGCAAGUGAUAUUUGUAGACAUGUAUGACAGGCUUACAACAUUAUAUGCACAUAAAGACACAGCUGUGACUGCGUAGAUUCCAACAUGUAAGUACAGGUGGUGCAGACAGACACGAUCUUUGUAUGGGCAGCCCUCCGCUGCUGUGUCCUCACUGAGCAGCAAAACAACAACCCAUGAAAACAACCCUGAUCCUGGAUCUUCGGCCCCGGAUAUCCUUCACACCGCGUCGUAAACGGAGUCGCUACGGCGGUGACCACAGAGGAGAAGGAAGGUUCUGAGGUCUCACUCUGUCUACAUUUUCGACCUGUUAUCGUGAUGUGGACCUUACGAAGAAGUGGGCCCUGCACAAAUGAAGGCAUUAGUCAAUUGGAAAGUAGGCCUAUGUUUGUUUAUAGGCUACUGGUAGCUUAAUGGCGGUCCAGUUUAUAACCCCUGCCUCGUGUCUGGUUUGAAUGUACAAGGAAAGUUGUCGUUGUGAAAUUGACUUUUGGUGCAAAUGAUAAAGUUAUGGCAUGCGGUGUCCUCUUGUUAAUAUAGAGUAGAGUUUACUCUGUUAACGACACUAAAACACACCGAGAUAAAAGUGACCUUCUUGUGAGUACCAGACCAGUCACUAUGGUAACUGCUCUCCGCUAAACUGCAGUAAGAGCGACGCCCACUUUCACAGACUGGAAGGCGGGGCAGAAGGGCAGAAGCUCGAGUGAAUCAUCUUGUGAAACAGAGACGAUCUGUGCGCAGAGCGCCGUGUGUUUACAGCGAACACGACAGACUGCAGACUGGUCGAAGGAGACUGUGUGUGUACCUGCACGUUAAUCUGUUUAACUCCGGUACCCGUUCAGCUGUCUAUCGACGGAGGGCACUAGGUAACCAAAGGACUUGACUUGACCCGGAGCAAUAAGGUCAAAUACUCCAUUUCCCGCCGAUAUGAAGGUGAAUUCCUCCUACCAAAACAACGCGGUGUGUUUGUGUGCAUGAUGAGCGUCUGAGGAGGAGGAGGAGGAGGAGGAGAAGAAGAAGGAGGCUGCGGUCUGAAACUAGAUGUUCUCCUGGAUAUAUCGAAACUAACGUCGUGUCGUUCACUCAAGGAAGCUGCGCAUUGAUUUGUCAUGUUACUGUAUGUCCUAGACAGGCUCUUUCCAUCCUAAUUUGAACGGGGGGUUGGCCCGAUUUCUGCCUCCCGAGAAUCCUCCAGCAGCGGGACAUUGAAUGUUUUUCCUCCAGGUAUGGAGUGUGAAGAUGCGGAUUACAGAGGAAUCCCCGCCGCUAGUUUAACCGCAUUUGUUUCAUUAUACACAUCAAUGCAAGGUUAUUUUUUGCAGGAAUAAAAACGAACUAUGAGUACAUUUCUAGCCAGAGGAAUAAAUUGGUGAUUUGGAGUACGAUUGGACUUCCAUUAGGAAACGUGAGAAAGCUACCCUGCUAGCCUGUUUGGAGUAGCUAUUAGCUCCAUUAGCUGGCUAACUGCUAAAAGGUGCUGAUUGGAGAUUUAAAAGCGUUUUAAUAAUUCUGAGCAAGGUUUGCCCAAGUUUCCUCCCCUCCACAUAUUUAUUUACAGGAUUUGUGAGGAUUUACACAUCCAGGAAUGAGGACUCGAACGGAAUGGAGCCGCUUGACCUUGUUUUGGGGUCUGAUGCUGGGUCUGUCGUCCUGCCUCCGGCCCGCCACCGCAGAGAUCUGUGGUCCCAGCAUCGACAUUGGGAACGACAUUGCUGAAUUCAGGCGUCUAGAGAACUGCACAGUGGUGGAGGGCUACUUGCAGAUCCUCCUAAUCGGUGACAAAAACAACAACAACAUCAACCAGGAAGUGUUCCGCUCCCUCAGCUUCCCCAAGCUGACGGUGAUCACAGACUACCUGCUGCUGUUCCGAGUGUCCGGCCUGGACAGUCUGAGCACGCUCUUUCCCAACCUCACAGUCAUACGCGGGCGCAACCUCUUCUACAACUACGCCCUUGUGAUCUUCGAGAUGACCAGCCUUAAGGACAUUGGCCUGUACAACCUGAGGAACAUCACCCGCGGCGCCAUCCGCAUUGAGAAGAACCCCGAGCUCUGCUACCUGGACUCCGUAGACUGGUCGCUCAUCCUGGACGCAGAGUUCAACAAUUACAUCGCUGGCAACAAGCAGUCCAAGGAGUGCAGCGACGUUUGUCCAGGCAUCAUGGAGAACAACCCUCAGUGCAGAAAGACCAUGUUCAACGACAACUACAACUACCGCUGCUGGAACUCCAAUCACUGCCAGAAAGAGUGCCCAGAGAAGUGUGUACGGCGAGCGUGCACUGCGGCCGGCGAGUGCUGCCACCCUCAGUGUCUGGGCAGCUGCACACUCCCUGGUAGUGACACAGCAUGUGCAGCAUGUGUGCAUUACUACCACCAAGGACGCUGCGUGGCCGACUGCCCUCCAGGCACCUACAAGUUCGAGGGCUGGAGAUGCAUCAGUGCCGAGCUUUGCUCCAAAGUCCAUCUCCCCGACUUCAACAGCUUUGUCAUCCACGGCGGAGAGUGCAUGUCGGAAUGCCCACAUGGGUACAUGCAGACCACACCCAACAGUAUGUUCUGUACAGCCUGUGAUGGUCUGUGUGAUAAAGUAUGUGAGGAGAAGGUCAUCGACUCCAUGGAUGCCGCUCAGUCUCUCAAAGGCUGCACUGUUAUCAAAGGCAACCUGCAUAUCAACAUCCGCAGAGGCCACAACAUGGUGGCAGAGCUGGAGAGUUUCACCGGUUUGAUCCAGAGGGUGACCGGUAAUGUGCGGAUCAGACAUUCCCACACUCUGACCUCCCUGGCCUUUCUCCGCAGCCUCAGAUACAUCGACGGAGAAGAGCUUCUGGACGACGCGUACGCCUUCUUGGCAGUUGACAACCAGCAGCUCCAGUAUCUUUGGGACUGGAAGCAGCAUAACCUCACCAUCAAGGCAGGAAAGCUGUUCUUCAGAGCCAACCCAAAGCUCUGCAUGUCCGAGAUCCGCAAGAUGUGGGAGAAGACGGCCAUCCAGGGCCGUUUCGAUGAGAGCGAUUUCCGAAACAACGGCGACAGAGCCAGCUGUGAAAGUACAAUCCUGACAUUUAAGUCCAACAGCACCAGCAGUACGAGGAUCAAACUGACCUGGCAGCGCUACCGUCCCCCUGACUACAGAGACCUCAUCAGCUUUAUCGUGUACUACAAGGAGGCGCCGUACCAGAACAUCACAGUGUACGAUGGGCAGGACGGCUGUGGCUCCAACAGCUGGACUAUGGUGGAUGUGGAGCUGAGGCCGGACAAGGACUCAGACCCCGGGGUUCUGCUGUCCAGCCUCAAGCCCUGGACGCAGUACGCUGUCUUCGUGAAGGCCAUCACACUCAUGGUGGAAGACAAACAUUUGCCGAGUGCCAAGAGCCAGGUGGUCUACAUCCGCACAAGCCCUUCAGCACCCUCCAUGCCUCAGGAUGUGCGAGCAUACUCUAACUCAUCUACACAGUUGGUGGUGCGUUGGUCGCCCCCUAUCUCACCGAAUGGAAACCAAACUUACUACCUGGUCCGAUGGCAGCAACAAGCCGAAGACCGAGAGCUGUAUCAGCACAAUUACUGCUCUAAAGAGCUGAAGAUCCCCAUAAGGAUCGCUGCCAUAGGUGUGGGAGACCAGGAAGAGGACACCAAUCCCACUAAGCCAGAUGCCGAUGGGCCAGACAAAGGCCCCUGUUGCCCCUGCCCCAAAUCAGUCGAGGACCUGGAGGCCGAAGCUGCUGACGCCUCCUACAGAAAAGUCUUUGAAAACUUCCUGCACAACUCAAUUUUUACACCAAGGCCACCAGACCGUCGCCGUAGAGAUCUCUUUGGCAUAGCCAACUCCACCCACCCCCGCCACAACCGGCUGCACACCAACCGCAGCACUGUCCCUCCUGUCCAAGCAGCUGGUAACAGCAGCACCGCGGACUUGGAGCCAGCCGACAGAGAGUACGAGUUUGUGGAGCAAGCAGUGACGGAGCGUGAGCUGCAGAUCUCUGGCCUGCAGCCGUUCACGGUUUACCGCAUCGACAUUCACGCCUGCAAUCGACAGGUCCAGCGCUGCAGUGCCGCAGAGUUUGUCUUUUCCAGAACCAAGCCUGCAGAAAAGGCUGACGACAUACCCGGCCAUGUGACCUGGGAGGGCCACGAGGACUGGGUGUUUCUGCGCUGGCCAGAGCCUCUCCACCCCAACGGACUCAUCCUCAUGUAUGAGAUCAAGUUUAAACUGGCUGCUGAAAACGAGAAGCACGAAUGUGUCUCUGGCCAGAUGUAUCAGGCCCAACGAGGCGUUCGGCUGUCCAACCUCAGUCCAGGAAACUACUCAGUCAGAGUGAGAGCCACAUCACUGGCUGGCAACGGCUCCUGGACACCCCCUCUGGACCUUUAUGUGGCUGAACGAUAUGAAAACGUCUUCUACGCUAUGAUCUUUGUUCCUAUCGCCAUCAUUCUCGUCAUCUGCCUUUUCGUCUCAAUGCUGGUGGUCCUCAGCAGGAAAAGGAACAGUGAUCGGCUUGGAAAUGGAGUCCUGUACGCCUCAGUCAACCCAGAGUACUUCAGCGCCGCAGAAAUGUAUGUACCAGAUGAAUGGGAGGUGGCACGGGAGAAGAUUGCCUUGAGUCGUGAGCUCGGCCAGGGGUCCUUUGGCAUGGUGUAUGAGGGCUUGGCAAAGGGCGUGGUCAAAGAUGAACCAGAGACACAUGUCGCCAUUAAGACUGUCAACGAGUCGGCCAGCAUGAGGGAGAGAAUAGAGUUUCUCAAUGAAGCCUCUGUCAUGAAGGAGUUCAACUGUCACCACGUGGUUCGUCUCCUGGGAGUGGUUUCUCAGGGCCAACCCACCCUGGUCAUCAUGGAGCUGAUGACGCGAGGGGACCUGAAGACUUACUUACGCUCCCUGCGACCUAAAGAGCAACAGUGGUCGAGCAUGUCUCUCCCUCCUCUGAAGAAGAUGCUUCAGAUGGCCGGGCAGAUCGCUGACGGCAUGGCUUACCUCAACGCCAACAAGUUUGUCCACAGAGAUCUGGCAGCCAGGAACUGCAUGGUGGCCGAGGACUUCACUGUUAAGAUAGGAGACUUUGGAAUGACCAGAGACAUCUAUGAGACAGACUACUACCGUAAAGGUGGUAAGGGUUUGCUCCCAGUCCGCUGGAUGUCACCUGAGUCACUUAAGGACGGAGUCUUCACCACCACCUCCGAUGUCUGGUCUUUCGGGGUUGUACUGUGGGAAAUUGCCACCCUGGCAGAGCAGCCCUACCAAGGUCUGUCCAAUGAGCAGGUGCUCCGCUUCGUCAUGGAGGGAGGGCUGCUGGACAAACCACAGAACUGUCCUGACAUGCUGUUUGAGCUGAUGCGAAUGUGUUGGCAGUACAAUCCUAAGAUGCGUCCUUCCUUUCUGGAGAUCAUCAGCAGCCUAAAGGACGAGCUGGACCCAUCUUUCAGAGAGUCUAGUUUCUUCUACAGCAGCGAGAACAAGCCGCCCGAAGCGCCGCAGCUCCAUCUGGACAAUAUGGAUGAGAUUCCUCUGGAGCCCCCUUCUUCCACACAGUCACAGCAAUCCCCAGUCCCACAACAGACCCCACCCUCCCCUAGCUCAGAGGCUCCGCCCGCCCCCUCGUUAGACCCCAGCUCCCCCUCCUCUCCCUGUACGUCGACCGCUGCCAUGGACAAGCAGCCCUCCGGCCAGCCGGCAGCCAACGGGCUGUCGGGGGCGGGGCUCGCAGCAGGGUCAGGGGCGGUGCGGCCGUCUCUGGACGAACUGCCGCCAUACGCACACAUGAACGGAGGGCGCAAAAACGAACGUGCCAUGCCCCUCCCGCAGUCCUCUGCCUGCUGAUUGGACAGACACCCCACCAGACUGCAAACCCCACCACCUUUUUCUCUGCAGAACCAGAUGUCUCAGUGGGUGGGAUCUCAUUUUUUUUUUUUAUUUAAUUUUUUUUUUUUUAUCACAUACAGCAAAACCAUGUCCACCAGCUAGGUGUGGCUACUCGGUGCGGAGCAAAGACUCGCAGCGAGGUGGAGAAAAGGGUCACUGGGUCCAUGUUCUGCUGGACCUCCUGAGACCACCUGUUUCAUAUUGUUGUGCUUUUGGUUUGUACCAGCUGACUGUCCCAUGUGACACUGCCCUGGCUGCUGAGUGGGACGACCAAAAGAAAAGAAAAAAACAGUAAAAAAACAAACAAAGAAAGUAAGAAAUGAUUUGGUGGAGAUCUCUCCCUCUCUUUAUGGCUGAACUUAUUUUACAAAUUGUUGUUUGUUACUUUUGUAUAUGAAUUUUCAAAUGGGAGGAAAACAAAAUGUGUAGGCCUUUAUAAAUGACCCCCGUUGUGGUCGCUGUUGAGCGGGCAUUAUGGUGAAACUGUUGAGCAUAUUUAAUGAAGAAGCACUUCAGAGAGGUCCUCAGCAGUCCUGUUGCUCUGCAGGCUGGGGGGUCAGCGUAAUGCCGGGUCAACAGCCAAUCCGCUGAAACAAACCAACCAGAGGGAGAAAGGUCAAAUCUGCCAAAUGUGUUGCCAAAAUUGAACUUUUUCUCAAAUUAUCUUUACUGCAGUAUUAGCCUGUAGUGCUCCAACACACCGGAUUGAAAAUGAAAGGACUUUGUAUUGCUACAACAUCAUUCUUAAAAUCUGUGAUCAAAAGGGAAAUGAACGUCCCUCUCCAGUCCUCUACAGCUCCUCUAUCAAAAUGACGUGGUGGACCCUGAAAUUGAGCCACAUCCUCUUCUCACACAAGUGCCGUUCUGUUACGGUUUAAACGCCAAAUCCAAUCAAUAAAGAAGCAAAAAAAAAUAAUACCUUGAAGCAAGGACUGCGGAGGGAAGCCCAUAAAGAGGAAAUCAAAUAUGAAGACUAGAUCUAGAACGUCUCUUGAUCGGGGUUUGCCCCGAGUUCGGAGGCGUUCUUUUUGUCUUAUACAAACAGGUAUUUUUUUAGACUAGUCAUUAGUCUCCAACAUUUACAACAUCUAUACGUGGGCAGAGCUUUUAUGUACGCACCAGUUGUUUGUGUCACUUUUCUAACUUUUAUACGGUUGGAGACAUUCAUCAUGUACAGAAAGAAGCUGCUAUUCCUGAUUUCUCUUGUGGUUGUAAUAUAGUUGAUAUCUAUAUAUAAAAAGAAAAAAAAAACCCGUCUCCUUCAGGUUGGAUCCACAAACGUUUCCACUACAGUCCAUUUUUUUUAAUGCUUGUAAUUGUGUAAUGUAUAUCUGAGCUGGUUUGGUUGCUGUGUUUGUGUAAAGGUACGACAGUUUGCCUUGUGUUCUGAAGCAUCGGUGACUUCCCCUCCCAUCUGACUAUAGGACAGCGACGGUACCAAUGAUCCAUGUUCUCGCCUCGGCCUCUGUUCUCUAGGGUCUACGGGGUCAGAGGUCAGAGGUCAGGCAUCACUGCUGAGUCCCAACUAAAUCUCAGGUCAAAGAGAAAAGUUCAAUCCUUUUCUACUUUCCUUUUUUUUCUUCUUUUUGUGCUGUCAUACCCAGAGACAUCCAGCCACGUGUGUGUGUGUGUGUGUGUGUGUGUGUGUGUGUGUGUGUGUGUGUGUGUGUGUGUGUGUGUGUGUGUGUGUGUGUGUGUGUGUGUGUGUGUGUGUGUGUACCUCUGUUGUUAUUAUUAUUUUUUUAUCAUUAGACAAGAGCAGUGUUUCUUACAACAGUCUGAAACCAGAAAUGGUUUUCCAAUUUUGGAUGGAUGGGUCGUUGCACUUAUUGUAUGGAACCCCAAUACUGACAACAUCAAGUAAAAUGUAAUCAGACUAGCCAAAAUAUAACUGAAUACAUCAAUAAAGAAUAUUGUUAGUUAAUUAGGGUUAGUUAGGAUCAGAAGGAGUGUAAAAAUAAAUGUAAUGCUUUAUACUUUUCCUUUUACUUCCAAUCAGUUGGUAUAUAACGACAGAAUGUUUUUUGUUUUUAGAUGAAUAGAAGAACUGAUCAGUGGUAAAGGAACUCCAUUUAAUUAUUUAACUAACGAUAUUAUAUAUUGUUGCAUGCAGUAAUAUUUUUGACGUGUCUGAUGGCCUGUUGUAGUAAUACUGAGUUCAAAGUGCAAAUGAUUGCAAAAUAGAAUUGAUUUAAUGUAGCAGCUAUCCUUAACAUCUUAUUUUUCUAAAGGCAAGUGCAAAAAAACCUGUCUGUUGGAUCAUUUCACUUUCUGCUGAUCAACUUCUUUCUUGAAUCAAGGGGGUGUUUUUUGUAUGCUGCUGGAGUGAUCCACAUUAUUUAUAUUUUUUCAACAUAUUAACGUGUUUGUAGAUGAUUGCUGAAGUUAAAUUGGGUUAAGAAACAAGUGGAAUUAUCUUACAGCACAGACAUUGUUUAAGCUUUAAGAAUUCACAAUAACACUACAAGGACUUGAGAAUAACACAUGCUCAUGAGGCUCUUCUCUUCUCCUGAACCUGUUCUUUAAUUAAAAUACUAAAUCAAAAUUCAGCAAGACACAAAUGAUCACAGCUCUAACUGUGCUGAACAUCUAAGCAUUAGACAUAGUGCUUUAUCAAGGUUUACUGAAGAAACGCACACUAAAAUAUGAAGACGAGUACGAUCAGAGCGGACCACAUGAAAUAGAUAUUAAAGGAUCAUUCAUCUCAGAAAGUUUGGAUUCCCAACCCAGAUGUUCCUUGGUUAUUUUUUUUAUUUUUAUGUGAAGUGUAAAUCACUUUACAAAUUCCCCACAACUUCCCUCUAAUAUUUUGAUGUUUCUUUUGCUAUUUUGGGCAAGGUUUUGUUAUUCCUUCAACCAUCCAUCUACCUCACUUUUUAUUUUUCAAUCUAUCUCCAUGUAGAGAAAAAGAAGAACUGUGUUCUCUGUUUGUCAGGCUGUGAUGACGAUCGUACUGCUGUUAAUACGGUCAAAUACAAACCACAAACCAAACCUGUUCCUUCUCCUCCUCCUCCCUUUGUUAGUCUGUUGUGUAGUAGUCAGGCUGGAAGUACUGUGUGUUCUGGUAGUCUGUUGUGUAGUAGUCAGGCUGGAAGUACUGUGUGUUCUGGUUAAGAGUCUGUUUCACCCAGUCCGACCACAGCCGAGUGAUGAGACCACUUCAUCCUGAGAUCAGAUCAGGAUGGCUAUUUCUGUGUUUGUGGUCUGAUUUUUGCCUCACUUUUACCACUGGAGCACCACAGAGUGGACAUACAAUCAAACAAAUUAAAUGAUCCCCCCCUCCCCCACAUUGUUGGCCAAUUUGUUACAAAGGUUUUGAUAUGUGUAAGUUAUUCAUAGCUUUCCAACUCUUGCGUUUCUAUUGAAAUGAUCUGUUAGAUUGAGAUUUCAUUUUGGUUUUCUUUUGUACAUGCUGUUAUAAGAUUUUUUUUCCUGUUAUCAAUAUAUUCUGAGUACUGGGAAAAAUGAUUGGCUGAAGGAAAAGUGUCUGUUUCUCUGAUUCUUUUUUUCUACACAAGAUUUAAGAUGAAUAAAAAUGUAUGCAAACUGUUC